AUGGCGUCGGUGCAAACCCCCGCAGCCGUGCAGCUCUCGGGCGCGCCCAUGGCUGUCGGCGCGACCAAGCAGCAGGCCGAAGAAGUCUUCCGAAAACUGAGGCACAUGAAGGAGCAAGGCGUGCCCCCGACAGAUCCCGAGUACAUCAAGGCCUCCCAUUUCUUGAAAAACUUUCAACAGCAGCACACCAUGCGCCAGAAGCAACAGCAGUACUUGCAACAACAACAGCAGCAGCAGCAGCAGCAGCAGAUGCUCAACGGGCCCAAUGGUGUCAUGAAUGGUAUGCAGGCUGGGCGGCCGCAGCAGGGUACACCACAGUCGGCGCAGCCUUCCGGUCCGGCGCCGGGCGCUGCCCCCUCGAACCAGAAUCUUCCGACGGCCGCUGGUCCAUCGCCUGUCGCCGCGUCGUCGAGCCAGUUCAGCCAGCAGCAGCUGGCACUUUUGAGACAGCAGAUCCACGCUUUCAAACUGCUCGGCAAGAAUGCUGGCGUCUCCGCCCAGCUGCAACAGGCUAUAUUCAACCAGCGUCAGCGUCGACAAGCUCCCGUCCCCGAACCCACCCAAGGCGUCCCGCUGAAGGCACCCCAUGGCGGUCAGGAUGCCGCCAAGCCUGCGACGACGGCCGGCGUCGAGGCGGCGCCUCCGGACGAAUCCUCUACCCCCAAACCUCACGUCUACAAGUCGGUCAAGUCCCCCUAUGAUUCGAGCCUGAUUCGACCGACCAUCAAGUACAAGGAGCACGCCCAACGCAAGAGCCGAUGGUUCAUCCCCGGUGUCUUCCCCACCGGCAUCGACUUCGAGCACCUGCAGUACGAGAGAGAAGUCGUACUCUUCAACCGCAUGAGCCAGCGCUACUCGGAGCUCAAAGCCUUGCCGGCGAGCAUCGCCCAUGUCGACGCAACAAAGGAGACUCUGGAGCCGGACGACUCGCUCAAGCUCAAGGCCGUCAUCGAGAUGAAGAGCCUGGGUCUGUACGCUAAGCAGCGGGCGCUGCGAGACAAGAUUGGUCGUCAGAUGAUGCACUACAAUAACCUGGCCAUGACCACCAACCGCUCUCUGUACCGUCGGAUGAAGAAGCAGAAUGUGCGCGAGGCACGCAUCACCGAGAAGCUGGAGAAGCAGCAGCGCGAUGCUCGUGAAAAUAGAGAGAAGAAGAAGCACGUCGAGUUCCUGCGGGCCAUCUGUCACCACCGUGCUGAGAUCCACGAGGCCGCGAACACGCAAAAGACCAAGUCCCACAAGCUCUCCAGGCUCAUGUACGCCCAGCACUUCAACAUCGAGAAGGAGGAGCAGAAGCGAAUCGAGAGGACGGCCAAGCAGCGUCUGCAGGCCCUCAAGGCCAACGACGAAGAGGCGUACCUCAAGCUUCUGGACCAGGCCAAGGACACGCGCAUCACCCACCUGCUCAGGCAGACCGAUGGCUUCCUGCACCAGCUGGCCUCGUCCGUCAAGGCCCAACAGCGGCAGGCGGCUGAGACGUACGGUGAUGACAUGGAAAACUUUGUCGAGGAGGAAAGCGAAGACGAGGACGAGGAGGGCAGCAAGAAGAUCGACUACUAUGCUGUUGCCCACCGCAUCCGCGAAGAGGUCACCGAGCAAGCCAGCAUUCUCGUUGGCGGUACGCUCAAGGAGUACCAGAUCAAGGGCUUGCAAUGGAUGAUUUCGCUCUACAACAACAACCUCAACGGCAUCCUCGCCGACGAGAUGGGUCUCGGCAAAACCAUCCAGACCAUCAGCUUGAUCACCUACCUCAUCGAGCGGAAGCAGCAGAGUGGUCCGUACCUCGUCAUCGUUCCCCUCAGCACCCUCACCAACUGGAAUCUCGAGUUCGAGAAGUGGGCGCCCUCGGUGGCACGCAUCGUCUACAAGGGCCCGCCGAACGCACGAAAGCAGCAGCAGGAGAAGCUUCGCCAAGGACGCUUCCAGGUACUCCUGACGACGUACGAGUACAUCAUCAAGGACCGCCCCAUCCUCAGCAAGAUCAAGUGGUUCCACAUGAUCAUCGACGAGGGUCAUCGCAUGAAGAAUGCUAACUCCAAGCUGAGUGCGACCAUCUCUCAGUACUACAACACCCGCUUCCGCCUCAUCCUCACCGGCACCCCGCUGCAAAACAACCUGUCCGAGCUGUGGGCCAUGCUCAACUUCGUCUUGCCCAACAUCUUCAAGUCGGUCAAGACGUUUGACGAAUGGUUCAACACGCCAUUCGCCAACACCGGUGGCCAGGACAAGAUGGAGCUCACGGAAGAAGAGCAGAUUCUCGUCAUCCGCCGCCUCCACAAGGUCUUGCGUCCGUUCCUGCUGCGUCGCCUGAAGAAGGAUGUGGAAAAGGAUCUUCCCGACAAGACCGAGAAGGUCAUCAAGUGCAAGUUUUCGGCGCUGCAAUCGAAGCUGUACAAGCAGAUGGUCACGCACAACAAGAUUGCCGUGAGCGACGGGAAGGGCGGCAAGACGAACGCGCGCGGCCUGAGCAACAUGAUCAUGCAGCUGCGAAAGCUGUGCAACCACCCGUUCGUCUUCGACGAGGUCGAGAACGUCAUGAACCCGAUGAGCGUUAGCAACGACCUGCUGUGGCGGACGGCGGGCAAGUUCGAGCUGCUCGACCGCAUCCUGCCCAAGUACCAGGCCACGGGCCAUCGGGUGCUGAUGUUCUUCCAGAUGACGGCCAUCAUGGACAUUAUGGAAGAUUAUCUGCGGUACAGGAAGAUGGAGUACCUGCGCCUCGACGGCACGACCAAGUCGGAUGAGCGGUCGGACCUGCUCCGAGAGUUCAACGCGCCCGACUCCAAGUACUUCAUGUUCCUCCUGUCGACCCGCGCCGGUGGUCUGGGUCUGAACCUGCAGACGGCCGAUACGGUCAUCAUCUACGAUUCGGAUUGGAAUCCUCACCAAGAUUUGCAGGCGCAGGACCGCGCCCACCGUAUCGGCCAGAAGAACGAGGUGCGAAUUUUGCGUCUGAUCAGCUCCAACUCGGUCGAGGAGAAGAUUCUUGAGCGUGCCAGGUUCAAGCUGGACAUGGACGGCAAGGUCAUUCAAGCCGGCCGUUUCGACAACAAGUCGUCGGAGACGGAUCGUGAUGCGAUGCUGCGAACGCUCCUGGAGACGGCGGACAUGGCGGAAAGCGGCGAGCAGGACGACAUGGAGGACGAGGAGCUGAACAUGAUGCUUGCGCGAAGCGACGACGAGAUCACCGUCUUCCAGAAGAUGGACGAGGAGCGGGCGAAUGAUACGAUCUACGGCUCCAUCGCCGGCGCCAAGGCCAAGCCGCGGCUGAUGGUGGACGAAGAACUGCCGGACAUUUAUCUCAACGAGGGCAACCCGGUGGAGGAGGAAGCGGACGACCUGAUACUCGGCCGUGGUGCUCGCGAGCGCACCAAGGUACGGUACGACGAUGGCUUGACGGAAGAGCAGUGGCUUAUGGCCGUGGACGACGACGAGGAUUCGCCCGAGGCAGCCGCCGCCAGGAAGCAGGCGCGCAAGGACAGGCGAGAAGCCAACAGGCUGAAGAAGGCCGGCGCCACGGACUCGGUAGACCAGUCGCCUUCGGCGAGCCGGGCGAGCACGGAGGAGUUGGAGACGCCCAAGAAGCGGGGCCGCAAACCGGGAGGCAAGAACGAGAAGCGCAAGGCCGAGGCUGGGGAUGAAGAGCCGCCGGCGAAGAAGCGACGUGGCCCGCAGGGGCGGCCGAGCAAGGUCGCGUCGUCGGCCGACUUGAAGCUGGCAGGCCGUGUGCGGGACACUCUGCAGAGGAGCCUGCGAACGCUGUACGAUGCGUUGAUGACGCUCGAGGUGGACGACAUCGAACCCCCGGCCGAGGAUGACGAAUCGGACGCCGGGAAACGACUGAUCAUUGGGCCGUUCAUCAAGCUACCACCGAAACGCGACUACGCCGACUACUACGUGAUCAUCCAGACGCCCAUCUGCAUGAACAACAUCAACACGCGUAUCAAGAAGGAGGAGUACUCGUGCCUCGGCGACAUGCGCAAGGACUUUGACCUCAUGAUACGGAACUGCCAGACAUACAACGAGGAUGGGAGCAUCCUGUACCAGGAUGCCAAGACGAUGGCGGAGUUCUUCAGCACAAAGCUGGACGAGGAGCUCGAGGCGCACAGCGAACUGCAGGAGCUCGAGGAAGGGGGCGGCAAGCAGGGAUCCGCGGCGGCGUCGGGUAGCGGGGGCACGCCGCAGCCCGGCGGGACGAGGAUCAAGAUCAUAUCGAGCAGCGCUCGCGAGGCGGCAGCCAACGGAUCGAGGCCCAGCGCGCAAAGCGACGAGGAUUGA